AUGGCGCGUGUACCUCUGUUUGUGCUUCUUUCUAUGGGGGGUUUAUCUCUCUUCUCCCCCAGCAGCAGCAGCAGCGGCCCAGCAGCAGCAGCAGCAGCACCAGCAGCAGCAGCAGCAGCAGCAGCAGCAGCAGCAAAACCAGCACCAGCAUACAGUGACCUCGAGGACCCACCAACAGCAACAGAUGACCCCCCCCUAACCCCAGACAACAGCAACAACGGCAGCAACAGCAACGGCAGCAACAGCAGCAACAACGGCAGCAACAGCAGCAACGACAGCAGCAAGCUGCCUGUUCUCGACCUAACCCCCGAGGGUAUAGAGAGGUUCGUCAAAACCCUAAUUGAGGGUUUAGGGUUUACUAAAUUUCCUAUAAUAGAAGACACCAUAACCCACCUGCUGGCGCUGCUGCGGCAGCUGCUGCAGGCGUUUGAGGGUUUGCUGCUGCCGCCAGAAGCAGCAGCAGAAGCAAACUCUGUUGCUGCUGCUAUGCAGAAGGUGCUGCAGCAGCAGCAGCUGCUGCAGCAGAAACUCAAAUCACUGCAGCAGCUAGCUAAAGAAGACAACCUUGCUGCUGCUGAGCUGCUGUCGCUGCAGCAGAUAGCUAAGCGCUUAUGGGAAGAAUACCAGCAGCUAGAGGAGGAGGCUUUGCUGCUGCUGCAGCAGCUAAAUAAUAUCUUCAAUACUGCUGCUUCUCGUCCUGCUGCUGCUGCUGCUGCUGCUGCUGCUAUCCCCACGCCCAAAGAAAUACGCAUGCAGCAGCAGCAAAUACUCGAUCGUCUGCUCAAGCUGCUGCCAGACAUUCUCAACUAA